AUGCUGGAACUUGCGGCGUUGUGCGCUCUAAUCGCGGCGGUCGCUGCUGGUCCAAGCGUGGCCGCUUACUCCUCCACCGUAAUUGGCCCGUCGUCAUCGUCCACGGUCAGCAGAGAGGACGGCGUGCACGCGACACCACUUCUCCAACCGUACUUGUCAUAUGAGAGGAUACCUCUAGCCUACUCGUCCCCAUUCGGGCCGCUCGCUCCCUACUCGCCAGCGCAGUACGCCCCUCACUUGAUCAAGAAGCGAUCUAUUGUCUUCGCUCCACCCGGGUCGUACAUAUCGGCAACGCCGUACGCUCCUACGUUCUACGCGCCGGCGACGAUCGGCACCUACUCCACCACCUCGCUGCUGCCUAGGGGUCCAUUCGUGUCCGCCUACACCGCACCGGCGCAUUACAUCAAGAAGAGGUCCGUUAUGACGCCCGCUGCUUUUAUCGCACCCUUCUACAGAACAUCAUUAGAUACUACACCACACAUUACGUAUCGUCAUACCACAUCCCUCUCCCAGUCACACUUCAUCAAGAAGCGGGACUUGGAACAACUG